GUGAUAAGGGGGUUAGAACGCGGUGUUGGUAUCGGGCACAGAAGACGGCCGCGUCUGUGGUUUCUGACAGAGGCAAGGCAAAGGAACCAAAGUUGCCACAACUACCUCUUGUUAUUUUAUCCAACCUCAACAUUCAACACCAGGCUGGAAUCCUAGGAACCAAAUGAGGAGUCAGCGGACAUGAUUCGAAUCGGAGGUGGCAACUGAGAGGCUAGUUUCAGUAUGAUGUCCCCUGGGAGAUGGCUGAAACAUGUGUGGCUCUUGUCAGCACCCAGACAGGGUCUGCAGGGGUAAACACACACCAGUUCAACCACAGUCUGCUCUGACAAAAAGGGCCCAACUGGAGAAAACUCACCAACUUCUCAGUUAUAAGUUGGACUUCGAUUGGAGAUGUAGUCGCUGAUGUUGCAUAGAGAGUCUACCAAGUUGCUCAGUGGAUUGAUGUAUGUUGUUGCUGUAACAGCUCAAUAGCCAUAUGUAACAGUUGCUGGGACAAGGCACGGCAAGCUGACACGUUUCGCCACUGCAGAUUUGUGAGGACAAUUUUACUUUCCUGUUGCAUCCAGUCCACCAACUUCGAGGACGGAAACUUCUCUGUAUCUUUUCCGACAGGAUGAUUGGCACUGCUGACAUGUGGGUCCAACAAGUUCGGAUUUGAACUGAUGCAGAAAGGAGGCUCUGAUUCAACUGGCAUUGCAACACACUGAUUCAUACAGGAUAUUAUUGAAAUAGCCGUUGUGACGCCAAAAGUCAAGCAAGAGAAGGAGAUACCUUGCCGCAGAUUCUAGUGAUCACCGAAACACAGGAUUUCUUGUAAUAUUUAUUGUUACAUACUUGUGGUAUUUGGCUACAAGUGUUAUUUAUUUUACAACGCACAACAAGUUGACGUUUUUUAAAAACUUUUGUGAAGUAAGAAUCGUAGAAAGAAGCACGAUGCAGUAUCAGAGUGUAUUUGUACUGAGGAGGUUGCAGUGUUUAUGCCUGUUGGUGGUCUUGGCCCUGGAGACGGCCAGAGGAAACCAGCCAAGUACAGACCUACCCAGGGACCUAUCCAAAUACUACUGGAAAACAGGUCCGUGGGGUGACUGUAUGGGAAACAGCUGUGGGAAUGGUGGCGUCCAGACCAGGACGGUUUGGUGCGAGCACGCUGAAAACUGGGCCACGUCAGCGUCGGACUGUAACCACCUCGUCCAGCCGCUCAAACAACGGAGCUGCUUCAGAGUCUGCAAAGGACACCGACACAUGUUCCAGUGGAGGACGGAGGACUGGGGGGAAUGUCGGGCGCGAGACUCCGACUUAAAAGCCGUGCUGAGAAACGUAGUAGAGUGUACGUCGCUCGGCGUGCAAGAACGUAAUGUUACGUGUAUACAGAGAACUACAUCUAGCGUCAUGCCUGACGGGAUAUGCGAACAGUUUUUCCCCAAGCCGCAGAUUGAGCAAAGCUGCGAGGUCCCCUGCCCGCAGGACUGCGUGGUUUCGGAGUUCUCAGAUUGGAGCAAAUGUAGCACGACGUGCGGGGAAGGGACGCAGACAAGGGUGAGGAACGUUCUCCGACCAAACCUGCACGGCGGCCGACACUGCCCAGACCUGAUGAUGAUGAGAGUUUGCACCAACGUACCUCCCUGUCGGGAACAACGGAGACACUCGUACUACAUCAAAGUCGGCCCGUGGACAGAAUGUCGUGAAGAUAGCAAGCAGUCCAAAUCAGCAAGACAAGUUGACAAACCUACGGGGGAUAAGUCAGAUCUUAGAGUAACGACGAGUUACAAGGAUGUUAGUAAGUCCUCUGAAGACGAGGAUAAGUCAGAAGACAUGUUGGACAGGCCAGGUGUGGGGUACAGAGUACGGCAGGUCAGGUGUAUGAGGGAGGAUGGACAACAGGUGUCACUCAGUUACUGUUACCAAGGUAACGUUGUUGACCUUCCGCCGACGUACGAGUCGUGCGUGAUGCCGCAGGACUGCCAGGUGUCGGACUGGUCGCCAUGGGAACCAUGCACGUUGACGUGUGUGUCCGCGGGAGACCGCCGCACGGCCGGGGUGCGCAGGCGCACGCGGCGAGUGUUAGGGCUGCCCAGCGGCGAGGGGAAACUCUGUCCACAUCUGGAGGAGAAGGAAGGGUGUGGGCAUGACCAGGACCUGCCUAUCUGCCCAAGGUACCGGUGGAUAGGUGGUGCCUGGGGGAAGUGCCGUGUGGACCAGGUGAUGACCAGACAGGAGUGGAAGAUGGUUAACAGGUCAGGAUGUGGAGGAGGGGUGCAGCACAGGAGAGUCUUCUGUGUACAGACUGGAGAUCCAGAGAAGACCCCAGUUCCGUCCUCUCUGUGUGGGGGCCUAGUCCCUCCCAGUGCCCAGAUCUGCACGGUGCCCUGCCCUGAACCCUGCCUGGUCUCUCAUUGGUCGACAUGGUCGUCCUGUACACCCCUCAGCUGCAAUGGUACAACCGGAUCCAGAGGUUUUAUGACCAGGACCAGGUCAGUGUUGAACUCUGACCCUGAGAAAGCGGUGAGUUGUCCGCCCCUGAGUGAGAGCCUGCCGUGCGAGGUCCAGUCAUGUUACCACUGGCACGUCGGGGAGCCCAGCAGAUGUCUCCUGGUGGACACCACACAGUCCUGCGGGGCAGGCAAGAUGUACAGGACCAUCUUCUGUGAGAACAUUGACGGGGAUGACGUAGAUGAUGAGUACUGUCAGGUGAUCUCCCCGCGGCCUAAGAACGAGCUGGACUGCCACGUGCCGUGUCCUAGCGACUGUGUGCCGGGACAGUGGGGCCCCUGGUCCACCUGUUCUAAACCCUGUGGCUCUGCGGGGGGGCGACAGACCAGGACAAGGAACAUCAUCGCUCACCCUGGAGGAGACGGUAAGCUGUGCCCACCCAAGCCAGACCUGACUGAGAGCAGGCCAUGUAAUGAGUGGGGCUGUACCAAGUACAGCUGGAUGAUGGGGGAGUGGAGGGACUGUAAACUUCAGAGGGGCAUCACGUAUUCACCACGAAAUAUCACAGGUGAGGGUAAGAUCUGUGGGUUUGGAGUCAAGUCCAGGAAAGUCUGGUGCAUGAAGGAAGGAGGGCAGCAAGUAGCUGAUAAAAGGUGCCCAGAGACCCUACGUCCAGCUGAGCGGAUGGACUGUGCAGUGGACUGUGACCGGGACUGUCUGGUCACUGCCUUCAGCAGGUGGACACAGUGUCCAGACAACUGUGGCUCGGAAAUCACCCACCAGACCAGACAUCGUUACAUCCUGCAGCUCCCCACCCCGGGGGGUAAGGACUGUCCCGACACCCUGCGGGAGCGCCGUCUGUGUGAGAACAUGCAGCAGUGUGGGGCCUACAAGUGGAAAACUUACCGCUGGGGAGACUGUCACCUGCCACCCUACCCCGGGAACGAGAACAGCAGGCAGGAGUGUGGCCGGGGCAUCCAGACCAGAGCCCUGUCGUGUAAGGAUGAGAAGGGAGAGUCGUCAGUGGUGUGGAAGUGCCUGCAGUUUGCCGGCCCGAUGCCGGAGACGGCGCGCAACUGUACGCUGGCCUGCGGGGAGGACUGCUCCGUGUCAGAAUGGUCCAAGUGGAGCCGCUGUGGGGAGGACUGCAAGGGACAGACAGAGAGGAAAAGGAAACUGACAGGUCGGAGCAGGAAGCAGCCCGAGUGUCAGGACACGUCCAAGUACCCCCUGGUGGAGACGGAGCCCUGCCCCUGCCAGAAGUCAGCAGACUACACCCCCUUCCCCGUGGGGAACUGGUCCGACUGUAUCCUCCCCGACCCUGAGGCCAGCGGACCCCUGAACGUCCGCGCUCGGCUGAAGAGGAAGUGGAAGGGAGAAUGCGGUGACGGGGUGAGGUACAGGGCUGUACAGUGUUUUGAUCACAGAGGAAGGCUGGUGUCACCGUACCUGUGCAGUAAAUCUGGAUAUAUACAAGAAUCUUGCACAGAGGUGUGUCCAUCAGACUGUCGUCUUAGCAACUGGUCGCCAUGGACACCAUGUAGCCAAUCGUGUGGCACGGGGAAGAACACACGACAAAGAUGGCUGCGACAGAAACCCUUCAACCUGGGGAGACUAUGUCCCCUUCUGGAUUCUUCAAAUAUGGUGACAGAGUGGCGGGCUUGCAGCAGGCGUUGUGGGGAGUACCAGUGGGAGACAGAGUCCUGGAGCAGCUGUAGCCUCUACAGCCUGGGGUCCCAGUCUAACUGUGGGGACGGCGUGCAGACAAGAAAAGUCAAGUGCGUUCAGGUGUCCCGAUCCUGGUCCCAGGUUGUAGAUAUCAGCCUGUGUGAUGAGAAGACCAUGCCCCUGGGUGCCAAACUCUGCACGCUGCCCUGCCCUGGGGAGUGUGUGGUCGGGGAGUGGACUUCUUGGACCAAAUGCCCUGAGUAUUGUGUCCCCGGCCACGCCCGAGAGCGUAUGCGAUUGGUUGAGCGCCCUGCAGAGGAUGGCUAUGGUGCCUGUCCAAACAGGACAGAGGAGGAGGCUUGUCAGGAAAACAGGAACUGUUUCAGGUACCAUCUGAACGUAUCAGAGUGGAGUCCCUGUCAGCUGCCUGCCAGCGCCGUGUGCGGCCCGGGUGUCAGGACAUUACUCGUGCAGUGUUACAGAGGUGAUGGCAAACUGGUGGAUAAAGAUCUCUGUAUACAGCACGGCGCGGUGGGUCCCACAGUGACAGAGGAAGCGUGUGAAGUGAAGUGUCCGCUGGACUGUCAGCUGUCCCCGUGGUCUGACUGGAGCGCCUGUACAACGUCCUGCGGCGCUGACGGGAUGCAGUUCCGACAGCGGGACAUCCUGACAGAGUCUGCAGGACAGGGCAGGCCGUGCCCUCCCCCAGAUAACCUGCACCAGCAGCGCCCGUGUGUGGCCAAACCCUGCUUCUCCUGGGCAUACGGACUCUGGUCCAAGUGUUUACUUGAUGGUGCGGAGUGUGGCCAUGGCAGACGUGUACGUGACAUCAGCUGUGUACAGGAGGAUGGGACAGUUGUGGAGGAUGAUCUGUGUGUGUGGAAAGAUGGCCCCAACAGUGACAUCCUCUCCACUGCUGUCAUACUGCGAGAGCGGCCAUGUGUUGUCCCCUGCCCCGGUGACUGCUGGGUAACAGAGUGGUCGUCGUGGAGCUCCUGUCAUCAGAGCUGUGUCAACGGCCAGCCACAAGGUACUUCAGGCAUUGAGACCCGGUCCCGAGCAAUCCUGGCCCAGCCAUCAUCUGGUGGGAACUCCUGUCCUUCUGAUGUGUAUGAGACAAGGACGUGUACAGACGGGUCUUGCUACCUCUUUGAGUGGAAGGUUGGCCGGUGGCAAGGUGAUGAGAGGAAGGUGUGGUGUCAAAGGUCAGAUGGGGUCAAUGUCACAGGUGGCUGUACAGACCAGUCCAGACCAGCCACCAGGCGGUUGUGUAUACCGGAGUGUAACCAGCCACACUCCUUCUGUAAGCAGGGAGGCAUCUGUGGCUGUGAAGAGGGUUAUGUGGAGGCCCUCAGUUCGGAUGGUUUGCUGGACUACUGUGCAAAAGUAAUGAUCGGGAGUAACGGGCGAAUCACCCUGGCACCAACCAAACGGGUCAACAGUGACGUGGAGAGCUCACCCAAUGGGAGGAGGGGAUUCUCCUUCGUUAAUGAGAAAGGUGAGCUGCACACCUGGGUAUACGGAGCCAUCGCUGCAACAUCUGCUCUCAUCAUUGUUCUCGUCAUUGUCAUUGGCAUUGCCUGUGUUCGAAUGAAAAGGAGAUCCCAGAGAGAAAACCCCCACAUCUCAGCUAUGAAUGGUUCAGUCAAGAGCGGGUACAGCUACAAGCCAAACGGACCCAGCUCAAGGUCAUCCAGGUCCUCAAGGUCCUCCACAUCGUCAAGUGGCAGCUUCAAGCCCAUCGCAAACGGGAAAAAGACAAACGGCAACCACAGAAAAGCCAACGGAAAAGUCGUCAUCAAAGAUCACCACGUUCACUUCUCACCUUCCACUGUGCCAAAGAAGUCGUACAUAGAGAGAUACAAUGCAGACAUGGACACAUAGCUGUCUCAAAACUCCCCCCUAGAACAAUGGAAUAUUCCAGCUGGGAUUCUUGGGACAUUUUUAGUUUUGAAGAUAUGUAAAUAAUUGUCAUACCUGACUUUUCUUCGGUUAUUAACAUCCUGUAUAUUGAAUUUUAACCCACAAUGUUUGUUUUUAUGCCCUAAAUGAUAUAAAACAAUGUUAUUUUUCUAUGAUAGAUAUGCACCUAAAAAGAUUUCAAGUUGUUAAAUGACGCUGAGGGCCCGCUAGAACAUACUUCUUGUUAUUUUGCACUUUGAGAUUCUAUUAACAUUCUGUUUGAGAUACUGCAUGGAUAUUUUUUUGUUGCCAAAAUGUGUAUGAUAUUCUUUUUAUUCUCCAUGCAUUUAUUAACAUCACCCGUAACUUUUUCUCAGCAAAUUUUAUUUAUCAACUUGAAAAACACUAUCAGCUGAAGACCACUGUAUUGUAUUCUCAGUUUUCAAGGCACUCAGUCAUGUUGGAUUCAGAUGUGACAAAAAUAAUGAAAAUUGUGAACAUAGGGAUAUCGAAAUUGUUACAGAGUUGUAACUUUAUUCAGUGCACACUCUGUAGGGUAUAGUAGAUUGCACCAAGGCCAUGUGCCUAUUUAGUAACAGUAUGUUGUACAGGGUUUGAUGCAAAUGAGAACUGGCAGCUAAAAGUUACCUUUCACACACUGGAUUGUGUCUCUUUUAAACACUGCUUUACUUCUGAGCAGAAAGUUUCGUUACUUUUUAUAGCAAAUCAGAAUGGGGAGAAAUAGUUACUUUCUUUCACUAUGAAGAGACGCAAUAUACAUUUUACAUGCAAAUAGCAAUAAUGUGUACAUACUUUGUAAAUAUUUCUUACUUUUCUACCCUUUCUUCCAACUUUGUAUCUAACAUAUCUUGAUGCCAAUAUUCGUUUUGUGCAAUUAUGGAGCCAGUGUAGGGAAUAGAAGCAAAGUCUGAAUUUGAAGCUGAAUGGUAACAAUGAAUGAUUUUAACAUCAAACAUUUGUGUAGAAUACCAGGUUGCAUUUUAAUAGUAAUAUUUUUAACACUAUUACGGAAUACUUACUACAGUCACAGUUAAGCUUCAGAUAUUAAGUUAUAUUCAUUUGUCCCCUUGCAGCCACAUGUAGAUUUUACAUUAUUUAUUCAAAGCUGGUAUUUUAUUAUACCUUAGAAGAAAGACUGACAUUUAGUCAUAGUUUACCGCAACUUUUGCCUGAAAAAAUAUAAAGAAAACCUUAUGAUUUCACACAGUUUGUAACAUAAUCCAUAUUUCAUUUCAAUAAAAGACAUGACAGUAGUAAGAUAUAAAGUUAUAUUAUAGCAAAGUGCCUAGCUAGGAGAGGAUAGCUGAUAAAGUUGUACACAUUGCAUCAGCUGUGGAAAAUUAAAGUCAGCAACAAAAUGCAGUUGUCAUUACAUUGCAAGUUAGUCGGUGGAUUUGAAUAUUUUGAUAUAGACACACUCAAU